AUGAAAAGUGAUGUAUCAAAAACAGAGGAGACUGAUUCAAAAAUAGCGAAUUCCAAAAAGCGUAACAUAGAAAAAAUCACCUCUCCAACAAAAAUACCGAAAACAGAACCUGAUUCAUUAAAUCAACAUGAAAAAGACAACUUAACAGAAAAUAAAAAUGAUUAUCUAAAUGAUAUAAGAAUAACUCAACACUAUGAGAACAUGCCAAAUAUAAUAGAAAAGAAUCAAGACAGUUGUAAUAUAAUAAUAAAUGAUAAAAAUAAAAUGAAAAAGAAAAAAAAUGGAAAAGACAGAAAAAAUAAUUUUGCUGAGGAGACAAAAAAAACAAUUCAAAAAAAAAGCAAUGUAAAGGAUAAAAAUAGAAAGAAAGAACUCAAAAAGAACAAAAAGGUAACGAGUGAUGAAAAUGUGAAGAAUGAAGAAUAUGAAGAGGAAGAGGAUGAAAAUGAGCAGAAUGAAGAUGAGCAGGAUGAAGAUGAGGAAGAUGAAGAGGAUGAAGAUGAGGAAGAUGAAGAGGAUGAAGAUGAAGAGGAUGAAGAUGAAGAGGAUGAAGAUGAGGAAGAAGAAGAUGAGGAAGAAGAAGAUGAGGAAGAUGAGGAAGAUGAAGAUGAGGAAGAUGAAGAUGAGGAAGAUGAAGAGGAUGAAGAUGAGGACGAAGAUGAAGAGGAUGAAGAUGAGGAAGAAAAUGAUGAUGAGGAAGAAAAUAAUGAUGAGGAAGAAAAUAAUGAUGAAGAAGAAAAUGUUGAUAACGAAGAAAAUGAUGAUAACGAAAAAAACGAUGAAGAAGAAAAUGACGACGACGAAGAAAAUGACGAUAAAGAAGAAAAUGACGAUGAGGAAGAAAAUGACGAUGAGGAAGAAAAUGACGGCGACGAAGAUAAUGACGACGACGAAGAUAAUGACGAUGAAGAAGAAAAUGACGACGACGAAGAUAAUGAUGAUAAUGAAGAAAAUGAUGAUAAUGAAGAUGUUAAUGAAAUUAAUAUUGAAAAAAAUAAAAAAUCAGCUCGUAAAUCUGUGCAUUUAAAAGAAACCCCAAACGAUGAAAAUGAUGAAGAAAAUUUAGAUGAAGACGAAAAUGUGGAUAAAGAAAAAAGUGAUGAAAAUAAGAGUGAAAAGAGCGAUAACGAAAGUGUUGCAAGUGAAGCAAGCGAUAUAAAAAAAAACGAUCGUCUAUUCGCUUCUAUGAAUGAUUAUAAUUCACCCAAUAAAUUAUUCAGUGAACAAAUGGGUAAGCUGAAUAUUUUUGGAAACGUUAGUAUUGAUAUAGAGAAAUUAAGAAAAAGUUUGAAUAAAAAUAAAGGAAAAGUUGAUGAAAAGAAGGAAGUGAAAAUGACUGAAACGGAGAAUGCUUUUGAGAAUAGCAUAAAAAUAAGCAAGUUUAUAAAAAAGAAUGAAAAGUAUGACUGGUCAGGUUAUUUACCAGUGAAAAUUCAAAUAAUGAAAAAUACAGAAAAUAAAAAAUUUAGAAUUUUAUGUUUUCAAAAAGGUAGUGGUAGAUUGUUUUUAAAUACGGAUAUUUUUGAUGGAUUCAAAAUUAUACCAUCCAAAAAUUUGUCGGCAUUAUUUUCUGGAAGAGAUAUAUGUGAUGAGAAAAAACUCAACCAGUAUAUAGUCACCUUUAUAAGCAGUAGCUCAAGGGAUGAAUUUGUUAAUAAAAUUAAAAAUAUUACAAAGAAGGAUGAAAAUUAA